CCCUUUCGCCCAUGGCCACCCUCACUUGCCAUGUAUGACACGUACACUCCUGUAAUUAUACCAGCAUGCAUAUAUAUACAGCUAGCCCCUUGUUUAUAUUUCCAAUAACGUUACACUCCUCGCAGGAUAUGGAAGUCAAGUCGAAAAUCUUCAUCGUUGUAGCUUGUUGGCUUGUUAUGGCCACAAUAGCUACGGCCACACUGCAGCGCCGGCCACUAUGUAAAAAGCAGAAGGACCUAAUUGGUUCUUUCGCCCGUAUUCUGAAGAAAUAUAACACGAGCAGCUUCAGUGUUGGAAAAAGACUCAAAAGACAUGUACAGGUAGGUGUCUAGGUGAAGAUCUGAUACGUUCAGUCGUUAAAGAGAAGAGGUUUAUAGCUGAAGUAUAGAAUUAUAUUAGCCGUGAGUUUGGAAAGUCUGAAUUAGCCAACGGCAAUUAUCUUACAUUAAUGUAGUCCACAAAACAUGUAUAAUUAAAACUUUAUAGGAGUUUCACUGGAGUAAAUUUUCGUCUAGUUUUAUAAGCAAGUUUCGAGUCCUGUGGUCAGCCGCAAUCACGCACAACACCGACCAACAAGCGCGUUAUAAAUGAGUUAAAUGUUGGCGUGGUUAAUUAUAUGAGACGUGGCGGAAUAAUGGUGUAAAUAACGCAUUAGUUUGAAGAACGGUGUACUAGAAUGCUCAAGGGAAUACAACUUAUAUAGUCGCCUUUGUUGUAAGUGUGAAAAUACUACUGUUGGUGAACAAGUUCUGACUGACGUUGUAUCUCCCAACAACAACAACAACAACAACAACAACAACAACAACGGCAGCUAGGAAACGAAAUUACGUACACUUUUGUACGCGAGCUAAAAGCAUAUAUACUGUUGGCGUGGUUAUGAACCGUGAAAAUCAUGUGAAUAACGUAGACGUUUGAACAGCUACGGCGUACUAGACAAAAAAAUUUAUAGUCGCCUUUCUCUUUGAGUAAAAAUGCUCUUGUUGAUGAUCACGUCUUCAUUAUUGACGUUGCAGUUGUAUUUGCAUGCACUAUUCGCGAUCCUUUAAUACGCCUGUAGUUCCAACUGUAUAUUCAUUCGGCUCAUUCAGGUGAUAUACUCAUGCUUGGUUUUAGAGUUAAGCAUGAACACACAGGGAGGCCAUCUCGGAUCUUAUUGGAGUUUUGUAUUAGCACUACAUAUGAAAUAUAUGGCCCAGUGUUGAAGCCUGCGAUUGGCGGGCUGGGUGCGUGCCCCGAGGUCUUGAAAACGGCCCGAGCCCGACAGCCUGCAAAUCGCAGGCUGACCUAUAAUUAUAACCUAUAAUGUAAUUUUAAUGAGUUGCCAAACCAUCUCUUCUAUUGGCUAUGGAGACACCAACGCCCGUAUUCUAAAAGCUCACUCAUGCUCACACUCAUGCACUCACACUCAAUGAGUGGAAGUUCAAUCUGAGUUUCUCUCGAGUGUGACACUCGGAGUGUCAUUGCUGUUUUUGAAUAACUGGACUACUGGAGGGCUAGUGUCAUACCUUACUAUGUGACUACUCACUCUCUAGCUAUUCAAACACAGCAUUGACACUCAAGAGAAGCUCAGAUUGAACCUCUACUCAUUGAGUGUGAGUGAGCUUUUAGAAUACGGGCGCAAGUGUACAAUUGGCAUUACACUCACUAGUUUUGAGUGUUACGCAAAAUACAAAAAUAUCUCUUCUUAAAAAGUGAACUGAAAAAUUAAAAAUUCGCACACAUAUAGAAAUUAAAUGAACAAGAAAAAUGUAAUAAAAUUGGCGUACUUUCUUAAACUUAACAGACAAGAAGCCGCUGGUCAGUGAAUUGUUGGCUUGCAUCAUUCAUUAAAGACGAAAACAAUGAAAUUGUUCUCUCUCUCACAAUCGGAGGUUGCUGUGAUAAGUGCAUGUUUCCAGACUAUUCCAAGUGUGUCAGGAAUCGCCUGCCUUAUUGGGAGUGUGCAAGCGAUGCAUACGAUUGUGUAUACAAUUGUCGUAAUGAGGCCAGUGUAUUGGAUGCCGUGUACAAAGCAAAUGACUUAGGAUUGGGCGCCAGGAAACGUCAAUUAAUUCCAAAAGUUGUUAACAAGGUAUGUACGCUCUAAAAAAAGGUGUGUUAAAUUUACACACCUUUUUUGUUCAAAAUUUAACAUUGAAAGUUGACUGAAACACAUGUUGUGUUUAAUUAACAUGUGUGUGCAAGAUGGAUAUCUCAGAGCGUGUGAAACAUACUAAGGUGUGGGUUUCACACUAAGGUUUCAAAACACACCAAAAGGUGUGUUUUCGGCUUGUCCAAAUUUUAAUAGUGUGUUUUUGAGAACAGUUUUAAUUCAUACACACCAUGGCGUGUUUUAGAACUGACACCUAAAGCCGUGCUUUAUAACACAUCAUUGAGAUCUGUCAUGUUUACAGCACGUUGUAAGGCGUGUUACAUAACACACUAAGGGGUGUUACAUAACACACUAAGGCGUGUUACAUAACACACUAAGGGGUGUUACAUAACACACUAAGGCGUGUUACAUAACACACUAAGGCGUGUUACAUAACACACUAAGGCGUGUUACAUAACACACUAAGGGGUGUUACAUAACACACUAAGGCGUGUUACAUAACACACUAAGGCGUGUUACAUAACACACUAAGGCGUGUUACAGGUGUAGGUGCCUACAAGCUAGUGUAUAAGAAAACAUAUUCUUAUUAAACUAAGGCCUGCACGUGCUCAUGUGUAUCAUGAAACAAGCUCAUUUGCCUGUAAUUGUAGUCGUAUGGGAGUAAAAGUUUAUUUAAUGAAUUAAACACGCUAAAUUUAACAGUUUUAUUGAGAAUUCCAUUGUACAAUAAAACAUAAUCAGAACAUGACAAAAACUGCUAAACACACAAGAAACUAACGCAGAAACAACGUAUUCUCCGAUUCGAGUCCGCUUUAUCAAUUUUUCAUCUUCAUCUAUCUGGCAAAAAUCACGAAGUCUAGAAUUGAAAUCUUCAUGCUCAAGUUAGUCUAUACUGGAAAUUUAGUGAUGUUUGGACAGGUUUUUACUGGACAAUGUUUUCACUGCAGUGGAAGUUCCAGUUAAAUGAAAAAGCAAAAUUUUCAAAACGCCGUAACUUGCGCCCUGAAUGUCUAAAGAUCAUGAAAUUUUCAGUAUAGACUAACUUGACGAUUGAAGAUUUCAAUUCGGAUGCUCAUUUUUGGCUGUGUAGAUAGUGAGAUGACAAAAUUGAUGACGUCAUCUCGGAUUGGAGAAUAAGUACAAGACAAUUAGUAGAGUACCCAAAUUUAGACUAUUUAGAGCGGGAAUGGACCAUUUGCAUUAUAGACUAAAUUUUGAUCUAGACAAAAAUUUCAUCACAGCUUGAACGAGCAUCAUAAAAUUAGUAAUAUUCCAAAGUUUCGUUGCGAAAUGUUGUAAAAUGCGGAUAAUAUAGCCUUGCGAAGUUUGCAAUUUUCAGUCAUUUUAGAUUACAAACGGAAAAUUGAUGCCCCAACAUCCGUUUGGGCUGUCAAUUUCCCGUGCGUAAUACAAAAUGACUGAAAAACGACAAACUUCGCAAGGCUAUAUUAUCCGCAUUUUACAACAUUUCGCAACGAAACUUUGGAAAAUAACUAAUUUUGCGAUGCUCUUUCAAGCUGUGAUGAAAUUUUUGUCUAGAUCAAAAUUUAGUCUAUAAUGCAAAUGGUCCAUUAUAAUACCAAGAAGGCGGACUGCACACUGUUUCUGGUGAAAAUAUUUCGAAAACCAAGCAAGCUACGAAACAGUUGUAAAGGGUCUUUAUAUGUAACUUUAAAAGUUCUUUCAAAUAAGACAAAGUUAGUUUUUAUUGCCAAAUCCCUUUAAUUAUUUGUAUGCAUGCUUUUUUCUUAGGCUAAUUGUACAUGCUUAUCUGGUUAUGACAGCUACGACCAAGUGAAAGGUUGUUCCAUCAUAAACCUGUGUAUUCCUGACAAAGAUUGCCUCGCAUUGAAUGCUGAAUGCGUCAUGUCCGCUCCUGGUGUAAAAGAGUAAGUAAUCUCGCACCGUCUUUCCUUUGUGUUUUGUGAAUUAUUGAUGAAUUUUGAGAAUUUCCUUUAAAGGUGCCAAUGCAAAAGUGGGUAUGUUGGAAAUGGAACAGCCUGUUACGGAAAUAUUGUACAGGUAUAUUUUAAAUGCAGUGUAAACUCUCGAGUCUCAACUCGCGUCCUCGUUAAAAACUUUUGUUCCCUUCUUCAGUGGAUACCUUCGGUUUCUCCCCAUCGCCAAAAACUAAACACCUUGGGAACCGUUCAUUAUUUAUGGGAGGGGGUAUGGGGGAUCGGUGAGGAACUGGGAGGCUUGAAAUUUUUCCACACCAAAUUCUGGGGGGGGGGGCUGGAAUUCAACAAAGACACAUCUAUAACUUUCUCUAAGGAAAAAGCAAAAAGAAAUCAGAUCUACAUAAACGUCAUCUGUGAAUUUCUCCUGUUAGACAAUGUUGAUUUUCAAAAGAUUUGAUUUUUUUUUAGUGAAAUAAGGUAUUCAUCAUUCGACUUUUAGCUAAUAAUUUUUUUCAGGGGAACCUUAAAAUGUAUUGUUAAGGUAAGGGGGAAUCGUCACACACCCCUGAAAAAAUAUUAAAAUUUAAUGUUCCAGGGGGGAGUGCCUCUAUUAUUUAGGGCACUUGCUAAGAACAUGGCCACCAUACAUGCGCAGUAAAAACUAUCUUACGGUGAGACCUCUGUAUGUAAUUAUUCUGUGCUAAAGGUUCGAGACUACAUUCAUUUUUAGAGAAUCGAUGAUCUGCAUGGUUAUGGCCAGAAUAAGGACAAGUUCAUCCACGUCAAGAACAUUAUCAAAAAACAUCCUGACUUAACCUUCGCCUUUACUGAUCGAGGACCUUUCACAAUAUUUCUCCCAACCGAUAAAGGUCUUGAAAGCAAAUUUAACAAAUCGCAG